AUGGCAGACGACCAACCAUGGAUGAUAGUUCAAAAUAAAGUAGAUGUUUUUGAUAAAUUAUCAGCUUUUAUUUAUUGUGAUCGACGACAACAUUUACUUAUAUUCAAUCAUGCAGCUAAUAGAAAUGCAAGUAUUUCUUCAUCGAGUUCAACACUCAGUAUUCCUGAUACUUUGAGUACAGCUAAUAUACGUUCAACACAUUCUGUUGACGUACAAACCGUUAUUUAUCUCGAACGUAUUCAAUAUAUACAACGAGGUGGUAGGAGUACUAGUCGCCGUUCAGCUCGUAAUUACAAUCAACUUGAAACAAAUCAUCAACAUAAUCAAAAUGAUCAUUAUGAUCAAAAAAAAAGACAAUUCGAAAUCUAUUAUUCUACAGAUCAACCUCGUUCAGAAUAUCUUUAUAAAAGUAUCAGUUUUCAAUUGACGAUACUCGAUGACGACUGUGAUAAAUGGAUAAAUGCUCUUUAUGUAGUUAUUGAUGAAGCAAAAAAUUUACGUGAAACAGGAAAAAGAAAUCGUUGGCUUUUACGAGAAUAUGAAAAAUUAAAAAGAUCAUCUGGUGGUUUAACAUUCGAUUCAAUAAAUAGUUGGCUUAGUUCUCAUAUUGGUCUUGUUAGUGAAAAAAAAGCUGUUGAACAACAGAUCAAAGAAAAUUCAAUAUUUAUUCAAUCAAAUGAAAUAACUGAUUCAGUUUUUAAAGCAACAUAUAACUAUUUUACUGAUCAACAACAACAAGCUCUUAUUAAAAUUCUUAUGCCUGAUUUAGUAGAAGAAAACCAAAUUUCACUUAAAAAAUUUGCUUCAUGUGUUACUAAUAAUGAAAUUGAUUCAGCACAUCAUGAAUCGAAUAAAAUACGCCAAUUUUUAAGAUUAAAUAAUAAUCAAACAGAAAUUACUCUUAAACAAUGUAUUGAUUAUUUAUGGUCAGAAGCCAAUUCAGCAUUUAAUCCAAUAUCUCGUACACAGUGUAAUCAAGAUAUGAAUCAACCAUUAAAUCAUUAUUGGAUAUCAUCAAGUCAUAAUACUUAUUUAGCUAAAACUCAAAUAUUUAAUCCAGCUUCCGUCCAUUGUUAUAUUCAGGCUUUAUUAAAAGGAUGUCGAUGUAUUGAAAUUGAUGUUUUCGAUAGUCGAACUGGUACUGAACCAGAAAUAACACAUAAAAAUACUCGUAUUAAACCAAUACCAUUGCGUGAUGUUCUUGAAGCUGUUCACGAUUAUGCUUUUGCUACUAGCAAAUAUCCAGUAAUAAUUUCACUUGAAAAUCAUUGUUCACCACAACAACGUUUUGUUAUGGCUUCAAUGUUUAUAGAAAUAUUUGGUGAAACUCUUGUUCAGUCACCUUUAUCAUCAAAUGAAACUUGUUAUCCUUCUCCACAUCAGUUAAAAAGAAAAAUUCUUUUAAAGGAUUCAAAAAAUGAUAAUGUAUUAACAAUCGAGCCACAAGCAACUAUAGACUCGGACGAGCAACCAGAUUUUCCACCCAAUGGUCUUGAUGGUCAUGUUCAAUUAUAUGAUUUUGCAAAAAAAGCAUGGUUUUAUUAUAAUUAUUCAUUUAAAGAUGAAGAUCUUUAUUUGGGUAAGGAUCAAGACAUACAUAAACAAAGAAAUUCAGAUGAAGACACUAGUGAUGAUGAAAUCAAAGAAAAUAUACCAGAUGAUACGUUAACACAAAUUUGGUAUCAUAAAGCUAUUUCACAUCAAGCUGCAGAGCGUCUUCUUUUAUCAAAUGCUGGUUAUGAACCUGGAACUUUUUUAAUACGAAAAAGUCCGAAUAAAAAUUGUUAUUGUGUUACAUUUCUAGCACCAAAUUCUACAGUUAAAAGCAUUCAAAUUGAAGAAGAAGUAAAUUCAGAUGGAAAAAUUCUUUAUUCGUUAUCACAGAAAACAUUUGAAUCAAUACCAGAUCUUGUUUCUCAUUAUCGAACAUAUGAUUUUGCUGAAAUUGUUAAGGGAUCAACCAAAACUAUUUCACACCGAUUAACAAAACCAUUACCACGAGCAGAAUGGCAUAAAGAACUUGAACGACAACCAUGGUAUCAACCAAAUUUAACGCGACAACAAGCUGAAGAAUUAUUACUAGGUAUUGCUGAAGAAAUGACAUUUUUGAUACGAGAUUCAUCCAGUCGUGCUCGUCAAGGAUAUACCAUAUCUGUUUAUAUAAAUGGUUUCAUACGUCAUUCACCUAUAUAUCGUGAUGGUUCAGAUUUAAUGCUAAUGUCAUUAACGUUCACAAGUUUAAUUGAACUUGUUAACUAUUUUUCUCAUAAACCAAUUUUUCGAAAAUUAUGUUUACAAAAACCUGCAAAAUCGUAUGUAGAUUUUAUUAACGAACAACAGCAAUUUAAAGCACAAGGAAUCAACACAAAUAUAAUAAUUUUUAAAACAUUAGAAGAUGCAAUACAAUUAAAAGUUGAUACACUUCGAACACUUCAAGUUGAUCAAAAUCCGAAUGAUCGAUCUGUUCAAGUUCAAUACUAUAUUUAUGAUGAAAAUAGAAAAAGAAAUGAAGGAUAUUUAUUUAAAUUCGAUACAGUCAAAGAUUGCAAGAUGUUUUCAGAGACACUUUGUCCUGGAUCAUCACAAUUAUUAUCAAUACACCUAUCACAAGAUGAAAUGAUAAAUAGUACGCAUCAUCUUUCAACAAGUCUUAAAAAAAGUAUACCUGCGCCAGCAUCACCUCAUCAAUCACAAAUAUUUAUAGCAGAAUUAAAUAAAUUAAUUGUUUAUUGUCAAUCCAUUAAAAUGAAAGAACAUAAUAUUAAUAAAGUACAAGAUCUAGAAAAAAUACGAUCAUUCAAAGAAAUGAUUUCACUUAGUAAUGCCAAAGCACCUACAUUUUGUUCGGAGGUUCGAGCGAUGCUUUUAUUUAAUCGAGGUCAUUUUACUCGUAUUUAUCCUGAUUUUUCAAGAAAAUCAUGGAGUUCAUACAAUUUCGAUCCUAUUCCAUAUUGGUUUACUGGCUGUCAAUUGGUAGCACUCAAUUUUCAAAUGCCUGAUCGUCCAAUGCAUAUUAAUGCUGGUCGAUUCGCAGCUAAUGGAGGUUGUGGUUAUGUACUUAUGCCAAAUUAUAUACGUUCAUUUUCUGCCAAUAUGUCAAACAUAGAUAUAAAAGCAGUUAUAUUAAAACUUCGUGUUCUAGCUGUUCGAAAUUUACGUACAAAUCAAUCAAAAAGUAUUUCAAAAGUACAAGUUAAAACAACAAUUGUUAGCAGACAGAAACUCACUGGAAAUCAAACUUAUUCAACAAUAAUUCAUGGUCCGUGUGGUAUUUGGGAUUCUAAACAAUCAUCAAAAAAUCCUGAUCAACUUCAUGCACAUUAUCGUCUUCAAUCGGAUGAUGGUGAUGUUGAUCUCUUAUAUUUUGAAGUAUUGACUGAUAACGAAGAAUUUUGUGGACAAUCAGCUAUUCCAUUAUCAUCAUUGAGAUCAGGCAUACGGUCUGUACAAUUAUAUGAUAAAUUUAAUGAAUAUUUAGAUAUGAGUGCUCUUCUUGUUGAUUUUAUUUUUAAAGCUGGUAUUUUAUUUUUCAAUAUAUUUUAG